GUACCAUGUACCCGUAUCCCGUACAGUAGCGUAUCCGUAGCCGCCAUCAAAACCUCUGCUUUGGGCGAUCUUUCAAAAAGCAAGUGUGCGACCCGAUAAAAUGUUCAUCAGUCACGGUUUCCUUCGACACGUCAUCACUGUGGUUCCAAUGUUCCAAUGCCAGUCCAAUGCGAUGCCUCGGUCUUUGUGUUCGCUGAUGCCAACCAGCCAAGACCACACAACCUUGUCUUUUUCGAUCUCCAGCCUACGGAUAAGAGCGAUACGAUGGAGAAGAUGCGGGUGCUGGUGCUUUUGGGGCUUGCGGCAGCGACUGUCAAUGCAGGAACUGCGGACCAUCGUUACAAGCAGAGCGAACACAUCGAGCUGUGGGUUAAUAAGGUCGGACCUUAUGCCAAUCCACAGGAAGCGUACGAAUACUAUACCUUGCCAUACUGUGCGCCAAAAACAAAGCACCACCCGGAUGAAGAAGAGGGGCGCUUUAACGAAUGGAAGAUUCAAAAUAUUGGAGAAUACCUAGGAGGACAUGCUCUGAGGCAUUCUGGCCAUGAUAUUACAUUUGAUGUCGGUGCGGCAAAGACAGAAAUGUGCAAUACCAACCCAUUGACAAAUGAGGAAACCAUCAAGUUCCAAAAGGCUGUUCGGGAUCGUUGGUUUUACCAAAUGUACUUUGAUGAUUUGCCAGUUUGGGGGAUGGUGGGAGAAGUUUUACCAGCAUCCAAAUCAGCAGAAGGGGAUUUUGCCUUUUCCGAAAAGGAUGAUCGUGACCGGUUGGAUGUGCUCUUGGAGCAGGACAGCCCCCUCUCCGAACAGUCAGACUGGAAAGAAUACAUUUACACAAGGAGAAAUUUAGUGAUCAGCUACAACAAAGACCAAAUUGUCAAGGUGGACCUGACCAGUGACCCAAAGUCUCUGCAGCUGUUGAAACCAGGUGCCACAAUAACAUUCAUUUUGGAAGUGACAUUCGAGGCAACCGAUGAAGAAUUCCACUCAAGAUUUGACCGCUAUUUGGAUCAUGAGUUUUACAAGCACCCAAUCCAUUGGUUUUCUGUCUUCAACAGCUUCAUGAUGGUCUUGUUUUUGAUUGGCUUGGUUGCUUUGAUUCUACUCAGGACACUCAAGAAGGAUUACGCACGAUAUGGCAUCGUGUACGACUUGGAGGAUGGGGCUGGAGAUAAAGAUGUUGAUGAGGAUGGAAAGCCUCUUUUGGCUGGUGAAAAGGAAGACUCUGGAUGGAAGCAAGUGCAUGGUGACGUCUUUCGUGCCCCUCAAUUUCUGCCUUUCUUUGCAGCUAUGAUCGGGUCUGGAUGGCAAUUGAUGAUUCUCACUCUUGGUGUGAUCCUGUUUGCUGUCCUUGGCCCACUUCAUGGAGAGGUGCAUGAAGAGCGAGGGGAAGUCUUCCAAGCUAUCAUCUUUUUCUACAGUCUCAGUUCCAUUGUUUCUGGCUACAUGUCUGGAAAAUUCUUCAAAAUGUACUACCCAACCUCAACUGCUGCACGUCAAAGCACUUCAGCCAAGGGUGGUACUCCACAGUGGCAGAUCACCACGGCUCUGACUGUUUUCUUGACUCCCACAAUCAAUGCCGGAAUCCUUUCCAUUGUUAAUGCUGUUUCCCUAUCCUAUGGCACAAUCAACACAAUUCCAUUCUUGGUCAUCUUGAAGUUGUUCUUUAUCUGGGUGUUCAUCUCGGUCCCACUUUGUGUGGCGGGUACGUUGAUGGGGCGGCACGCUCGUCUUGGUGCUGCUGGUGGAACAGGUGGUGCCACGGAAAACUUUCCCUGCCGAGUCAAUGCUAUCCCCAGACCAAUUCCGGAGGAAGUGCCAUGGUAUGGACGUCCUGUGGGCCUUAUCCCUCUUGCUGGUAUGCUCAGUUUUGGAUCAAUCUUUAUUGAGGUCUACUAUAUCUUGACAUCCCUGUGGAACUACAAAUUCUACCAUGUCUAUGGAUUUCUGCUGGGGGUCUACUCAAUCUUGACCCUUGUUGUUGGAAUGACAUCAAUCAUUGUGGUGUACUUUUCGCUGAAUGCUGAGAAUCACCUGUGGCAGUGGACAGCGUUUGGAAGUGGAGCCAGCACUGCCGGGUAUGUCUUUCUGUAUGGAAUCUACUACUUUCUUUUCAAGACCCAAAUGCAUGGAUUUCUGCAGAUCACAUUCUACUUUGGAUACAUGAGUCUCAUUGCUCUCCAUCUUGGUAUGCUCUGUGGGACUCUUGGCCAUUUUGCAGCCGGUCGAUUUGUGCGUGCAAUCUUUCAAAAUGUAAAGGUGGACUAGAUCUAGCCACCGACCGGUAUGAUGGAUUGACAUGCCAGAAACAAUUUGCAUAGAGCCCGCACUGGUUUUAAAAACUGAAUUAAUACUGUUGAUGGCAGAAAAAUGUGGAAAGCUCCUUCAGGGUGCGGGUACCGCGACGUACCAGUACCGGCAGCGUCCAAAGAAAUUAUUUGAAUACCAGUAAUCUUGGUUACAUGUUCCACUCCAGCUAAAUGUGCAACUUGCCUAGAGCUAGCUAGCUACUAGCCAUCGCUCCGGCGUGGAUACAGUACCAUACCGGUAGGUAUGCAAGGCACAAAAGGUAGACUACCAGCACAGCCAGCACGUACCGGCAUCCGUCCACAUGCACGCAGAUUCGAUUCGAUUGAUCAUUCGUUAUUGAGACCAUGAAGGAAGAACUUUCUUGGAGGGCAGCCAAUGCAUCGUCUUCACGAGGCCAAUGAGGGACAAUGUGCGACCGGCACGUACGUCAGUGCACACACCCAUUUUCCAUGCAAAAGAUGCCA